AUGAAUGGUAACUUUUUCUUUUGUUCUGAUUACUUCAGUCGUCAACAGCGCACGUUCAAACCUCGUCGCCAUAUAGUAGAAGGUACAAAACAACAUGACUUAAUGAAACAUGCUGCGGCCACAUUAGGAAGCGGUAAUCUUCGUUUAGCAGUGACAUUACCAGAUGGAGAAGAUUUGAAUGAAUGGAUUGCUGUGAAUAUUGUGGAUUUUUUCAAUCAAAUCAAUAUGUUAUACGGCACAAUAACAGAAUUUUGCACGGAAGAAAGUUGUGCUUUAAUGACGGCAGGACCGAAAUAUGAAUACCAUUGGGCAGACGGAGCUACAGUUAAGAAACCGAUCAAAUGUUCGGCACCUCGUUACAUCGAUUUUCUAAUGACGUGGGUACAGGAACAACUAGAUGAUGAAACAGUAUUUCCGUCGAAAAUUGGUAUACCAUUUCCAAAAAAUUUUUUGAGUUUAUCAAAAAUGAUCUUAAAACGUUUAUUUCGUGUAUAUGCUCAUAUUUAUCAUCAACAUUUUAAAGAGGUUGUGAUGCUGAAAGAAGAAGCCCAUUUAAAUACAUCAUUUAAACAUUUUGUCUAUUUUAUACAAGAAUUUAAUCUGAUUGAAAAGAAAGAACUUGCACCUCUACAAGAAUUAAUUGACCGUUUAACAACAAAAGAUCGAUGA